AUGGAAAUAUCAAAUGAUUCAGGCACUAAGAAACCAAAAAGGUUGACAUCUGUUGUCUGGAAUCACUUUGAAAGGAUUAGAAAGGCUGAUAUAUGCUAUGCUGUUUGCCUACAUUGUAACAAGAGGCUUAGUGGAUCAAGCAACAGUGGAACUACUCAUUUAAAAAAUCACUUGAUGCGGUGUCUGAAAAGAUCAAACUUUGACGUUUCUCAACUACUUACAGUAAAGAGAAGGAAAAAAGAUAAUACUGUCAGCCUAGCAAACAUUAGUUUUGAUGAAGGUCAGAGGAAAGAAGAAUAUAUAAAGCCAGCAUUUGUCAAGUUUGAACCGGAACAUAAGAAAGAUGAAAUCAUUAACUUUGUAAGUAGUAAAUUUGACCAGGAUAGGAGUCAACAUGAUCUUGCUCGUAUGAUCAUAUUACAUGGAUACCCAUUGACUUUGGUUGAACAAGUAGGGUUCAAAGUCUUUGUGAAGAACCUCCAGCCUCUCUUCGAGUUCUUGCCAAAUAGCAACGUAGAGAUUUCUUGUAUAGAAAUCUACAGGAGGGAGAAAGAGAAAGUGAAUGAGAUGAUAAACAAAUUAUGUGGCAGGAUCAAUCUCUCCAUCGAAAUGUGGUCUUCGGCAGAAAAUACAUCAUUUUUGUGUCUAUCUGCGCAUUAUAUUGAUGAGAAAUGGACAUUGCAGAAGAAAAUUUUGAACUUUCUUACACUUGACUCUUCUUACACUGAAGACUUGCUUCCAGAAGUGAUUAUCAAAUGCCUUGAUGAAUGGGAUAUUGACUGCAAGCUAUUUGCGUUGACUCUUGAUGAUUGUUCUGUUGACGAUGACAUCACUCUCCGAAUCAAAGAGCGUGUUUCCGAGAAAAGGCCUUUCUUAAGUACUCGACAAAUACUCGAUGUGCGCUUUGCAGCACAUCUCAUAAUUUCCAUCGUUCAAGAUGCCAUGGAUGCAUUGCAUGAGUUGAUCCAUCUGCAGCAGCACCUGCUUAAUCACUUGCCAUUGGAACUCCUGGAAUAUCACCCUCUCCUAUGGAAAAGCAAGCUGCAAAUACCAGAAAGACAUUCAUCAAAUUCCAAGACGAGUUAA